AUGGAAUCGGAGAAAGAUCAAUACAAGCAUUAUGCUACAGACUUGUGGUCGUUCUCGGGUAACUCAUCCCUCAAGGAACGUGUAAGCUACUCUUCUGUCCCCGUCAUGUCACGAAAGGAUCAAAAAACCUUAAUCAGAGAGUGGCUCCGAAUUUGCGAUGACAGACUUUGUGGAUCAAAUGGCAAAUGCGGCCCGGCUGCCGAUCACCCUUUGCCAACCCGUCUGGUUGAUUUACACAGUGUCAGUGACGGUGAUGUGAAAGGUGUUGUGAAAGGUGAUGUGAAAGUUGUCAAAAAACCUGUGGACAAUCUAACAUCGGACGUCGACUAUGUUGCUCUUUCGCAUUGCUGGGGCGACCUGCCAAUGGAGGAUAGGAGUAAAUGUCAAUUCAAAGGUGGCAAGGCGAAAUUCCGCCUGAAAGAUUUGCCGAAAACAUUCAGGGAUGCAAUUGAGGUGACUCGCUGGAUUGGUAAGCGAUAUAUCUGGAUCGACUCGCUUUGUAUCAAUCAAAGCGAUCCAGAAGAUUGGAAACGUGAAUCGGAAACUAUGCAUAAGGUUUUCAAGAACGCUUACUGCACCAUCGCCGCUACUUCCUCGAAAGAUUCACAACAAGGAUUUCUCCGAGAGUCAAUGACCAUACCCGCAGGUCCAGACUCAUCCCUCGAUUCGGACUCAUCCGCCUAUUUGCCCUCAUUCGGUAAAUACUUUGAACGCUUCGUGGAGAACGGAAUUUUGAACACCCGGGCAUGGGUCCUGCAGGAACGUGCACUAUCACGACGGAUCAUUCACUUCACGGAGCAACAGCCAUUUUGGGAGUGCGGAGGAGGCAUGACUUGUGCAGCGCUACGAUCAGAGGGCUAUAUGCAAAAUGGUCAAAAAUCUUUCUGGAGUGACCCAGAAUUUCCGAUGUCGCUUACGAAGCGUGCAGUAACGGCGAACAUUAAACUUUUCCAGUUAUUGUUCAAGAAAUACUCCAAUUCAUGCCUUACGAAGAUGACAGAUAGACCCAUCGCGGUUAAGUCACUAGCUAGCGCAUUGGCACAGGCCAUAGGGCGUUGCCAAGUUGAAAACGGCAUCUUUGAUCAACCGCCUUUUUUGCAGCGGAGUCUCCUAUGGUAUCGAGAUAAGAAUAUUGUUGAUUGUCACGACCAGGGUCCCUCCGACUCAGGCUGUGACACUGAUUAUAGUAUUGACUUCCGAGGCACGAAAAUUUCACAGCCGCAGACAUGGUCAUGGAUGGCAUAUCAUGGAUCAAUCGAUUACUUGAAAGUUGGAGAUGAUGUCGAAUGGAAUAUGAGCGUUAAACUUUCAAAGACAACGGCCGAUUCUUCAAAGACAACGACCGGUUCUUCUCCCAUCCUCCUCACCUGCCGGGUGGUUAAGCUUGAACUCGAAGCUGUGGAACCGAAACAAGAGGGACGACAUGGACCAUAUCGCCUUUCGGUGAAUCCACACCAAAAGUCAGGAAGUCGCAAAUCCGGACAGGAGGACACUGUGCGCCACCACGGUCAUCCCAACAACGACGGACUAGUAGGAGAACUGCGGUUUGAUAAAACAACAAAAAAAAUACCCGAAGGGGUGCGGUGCGCGUUACUAGGAAGAACAGGCUACAAGCCCUCUUGGAGUGAGGAUAAAAAGAAUACCGAGGAUGAAGAGGACAAAAAGGAUACCGAGGAUGGAAAGGACAGUGACAAGAAGUAUUAUAUCUUCCUUCUUGUUGGAAAGACGACACCAUUGAAAAGAAUUGGGGUUGGAUGGGUUUGUCAGAGUGUGUUGAACUUUAAUGGCAAGAAUGAUGUAAAGGAAAUCAUAUGA